CUCUCAGCUCUAAGGACGUGUCUCAAUUACUCUUGUUGCACAGGUUGUGAGCGAGGGAAAGAGAGGGAGGAGAGAGAGAGAGAUAAACACACACCACCUAGAACGUCAAACAAGAGGAGCCUAGUGGAGCAGAGCUUGGUGCCUGGUGAGAGAGUGACCCCCCCGGGACAUAGACACAGCCAUGGAUCCCUCUGCGUCGGAUGAGGUUGGGGACGAGUGCAAGGAGAGCAGGAAGAUCCACUUUGCUGUGCAGUCCUCGGCACCCACCCAACUGGACCCCCGGCAAGUAGAGAUGAUCCGGCGCCGGCGGCCUACACCUGCAACGCUGUUCAGAGUGGCAGACCAGUGUUCUCCUGAGGAUGAUCAGUCCACCCAUCAGUGGAUUGUAGGAGAGAAUGGGGUACUCAAGCCCAAGCGAGUCAACUCAAAUGUGUAUCAGCCACCAUCCCUGAAAGCCGUCCAGAAGAUGGCUGAGGCACACAUGCAGAACCUGGGUGUCUACCCCCCCUUGGAAGACCCCUUUGAGGGGGAGGAGUACGACGACUACCCCUGUCAUGAGGAGAGGGAGGAGAGAUUCCCCACCAAAGCUGCUGACCCCCAAGCGACCAGCACCACAGAUCAAUCAGAGAAGCCGGAUGAAGAGGAGGAAGAGAAAGAGAAAGAAGAGGAAAAGACGGAAGAAAAGACAGAGGAGAAGGCAAAGAAAGUGCGCAAAAGUGUAAAGUUUUAACACUACUUUAAACCAAAAAAAGGAAGGGAGAGAUGGAUGGUUGCAGAUGUGUAAAUGAUUGAGUGAAUGAAUGAGUGAUUUAAUGUGUGAACGUGUGAGUGAGAAAGAGAGCUUCUAAGUUUGAAUGGUGCAUAUUCAAAUUCAAUGAAUUAAUGAAUGUAGGUAGGUACUGUUAGCAUAUCUGUGAGCAAAAAAAAUCAAAAAAUCAGUACAUUAAUGGAUAGGGCAUUAAUGGAUAGGGCAAGGUCAUCAAGGUCACUGUGACCUUGAGGUCCCUCACUGCAACGCUAGUCUUCUCUUCCAUGUCAGGGGAACCAUUCAUUCACUUCUUACUUUCUAGCUUUGCUCUUUAAUGUUACAGAGCAAUGGAAUAAUGGCUAGAAAUAUCAACUACACAUGACACUCAAAAUAACUGUAAACGGACAAAUGCUGAUGAACAGCUUCAGUAUAGAACACACACACACACACACACACACACACACACACACACACACACACACACACACACACACACACACACACACACACACACACACACACACACACACACACACACACACACACACACACACACACAGAGGAGAUAUCAUCAGUCUCUGACUAUCGGUCCAGACUAUAUUCUAAAGCUGCUCCAUUACUGUGCAGAUGUGAUAAUACAGACUCCCAUAUGGGUUCCUUUCAAAAUCACAAAGACCUGUAUUAUGUGUACCAAAUUUCACUCUGGCCUAGAUUGGAUAUCUCUGCAGCCUAAUCAUAUUGAGAUUUUGUUCUUGGAAGAAGUGAGCAGAUACUGCCAUCUUGUGGCAAGAUAGGGGAUGUAGAAUAACCAGAGUGUGUGUAUUGACAUGGAUUCACAUACAAUAAACUGUGCACUGCAUAGGCCUUCAGAUAAUAUGCAUCUAUAUAAUUGAAAGGAUCUAGAUUUGUAAUGCAUUUGAAACAUUUAUUUGUGAUGCAUUUGAAGUUAUUUUUGGUGCCCAUCAAAGCUAGUUGUGUCAAUGGUGUAUUCUGGGUGUAUGUGAGGAUGCCAUGCUUUUGUAAAAGUAGUCCAAUUUAGUUUUUUUGUGAGAAAAAAAAUGUUUUCAUUUUGUAUACCGAAUCUGAUUCUUAUUGUUUGUUUGUUUAAAUCAUUUCCUGUGUAAAGACCUAUUAGUCAACAUAGCGGUAUAUGGUCUCUCUCUGUUGAACAAUUGUCACAAAGUUUAGUAACCUUUUAGUCACAACUUGGAUAACUGUGUUUUUCAUAUUGUCAUGAAAAACAACGCAGACAAUACAAUACAUAGUGACUCUCUCUCACUCUCUCUCGUCCUGCUGAAAUGGAAUGACACAUUUGAAUAUAAAAAUAUUCACCCUCAGAAUUGAUCAUGUCAGUCUAAUAAACAGUUUUCUUUAUUUCCAUCACAUCUGUUCUCCAACUGCAGGAUUGCUUGAGUCAGCAGAAUACAUUUGUUGUAGUGUCACAGUUGAAUGUCUCAAUCUGUACCAACUGUUAAUAUAUAGUCAUUGUUUUGAUUCUCUUUUUGUUGGACAAAGUGUUGAGACUUACUCCCUCCAUUGUCUGGCUGGAGUGAGCAUCCUCUCCUUCUCCAAGUCUAUCUAUCCUCUAUGGUCAAUAGACGAGUGCCAUGGCAAGAAUGAACUCUAAUCGCACUAUUCUUCUUUAUUCUUCUUUAUUCCACUUUUUGUUUUAAUUCUUUUUUCUGUACUUGUUAAAGAUGUAGACAUUUCAAUGUGAGCAACAAUAACAAUAUCUAAAUAAACACAUUUUCCUGAUUUGAAAUUA